UGAGAGGAGGGAUACAGAACAGUGUUGACUUUUGGGAUCCAUGCACGAAGCCACAGUGGGAGAGGUGAUGCGGUAGGACUUAAUUACUGCUGCAGUGAUGAUGAUGGCAAGUACUUUGGGAGGAGCGUUGGACUUUACUCUGCCUUCUGCGGUGUAAAUCUCCGUAGAUAUCUGAGCUGCCUCCGUUUGUCUCCGGGCUCUGUCUGUGAGAGGCGGAGAUGUGAAGCGGGUGACGAGAGUGUUGCCAUCGUUUAUGGGUAAUAUUUUAGUCUGCCGCUGCUGCUGCUGCUGCUGCUGAUGGUGAUGAUGAUGAUGAUAAGGUGCUUCUAAUAAAUAGGAUAUAGGGAUCCGCAAGAGAGGUCCAAAAGAGAAAGUGAGAGAAGGAGACGAAGCCAAUAAGAGACACAAGGAGGAAGCAAAGUGGAGGGGAGAGCGAUGCCAAGGGGAGGGUGGCGGAGAGCCUUCUGCACGUCGGUGCGUCGAGAUCCAGAAGUCACGGUGGCGACGAGGAUGGAGGUUGGGGAGAAGCAACAGCGCACGCCUAGUGUCAGUCCUGGCCCCAGCCCCAGGAGCUGCGCCAAGCGGGGCUUCUUCUCCGGCAGCAACCCUUCGACGCCGAGGCUGGCGCUGGCAGCGGGCCUCCGGUGCCAGACCAAGUCGAAGUCCCCGGACUACCCGAACCUGCAAUGUGACACGCCCACGUCUGCUGUUAGCGCAACCGCCGCCGCCGCCGCCACCGCCAACAGCACUCCGAGGAGUCGGAGCCCCGCUCUGUUUCGUCGGAAGGCGUUCUCCACACCUUCGUCUCCGAGAUCCCCCUCAAGAUUCGCCCUCUUCAAGCACCUCUCCCGGAGUCGGUGCCGGUUAUGUUCGCAGAUCCUGAAGGCGAGCCAGGAGACGCCGGUCUUCACGGCGGAGUGCUCUCACGCCUUCCACUUCCCCUGCAUCGCCGCCCACGUCAGGGGCCACGGCAGCCUCGCAUGCCCCGUCUGCUCCGCCGCCUGGCGCCAGGCGCCCUUCCUCUCCGCCCUCCACCGCCGCGAGGAAGAUGCAGCAGCCAUCGAGCAGGGGACGGCGAGAGAGACGGAGAACCGGAACCCCAACAGGAGAACUACCAGCGGCGGCAGCCGGAACGCUAGCAAGGGCGGUGAACGGCAGCUGGGGGAAAACAGAAAGGCGGCUGUUGCUAAGGUGUACGACGACGACGAGCCGCUGCUUCUUGUGCCCAAGCCCAACCAGGGAGGAGGCGUGCGUUUCAAUCCUAUACCAGAAGCUACAAACGAGGACAAGGAUGAGGAUGAGUAUGGCGAAGGCGAGGAUGAGUUCCAUGGGCUUCUUGCGACCCCUCGCUCGCGAUCUCCUGGCCUCCGUGCUGACGGAGGAGUCCCUUGUCGGCCGACACCGAGGUCCACAGCGAGUGGCGUCCAGGUGAGCGUGAUGCCGCAGGCGGCGCUGCUCUCCGAGGGGCGGAGGCACCGGAACUACGUGGUGGCGCUCAAGGUGAAAGCCCCGCCGAUUCGAUCCUCUGCUCCUCUCCUCGAUCCUGCGCCGGGCCGUGCCCCGAUCGAUCUGGUGACAGUGCUGGACGUGAGCCAAGGCAUGACAGGGGAGAAGCUCCAGAUGCUGAAGCGCGCGAUACGGCUGGUGGUCUCUUCCUUGGGCCCCGCGGACCGGCUCUCCAUGGUGGCAUUCUCGGCCUCUGCCGGUGCCAAGAGAUUACUCCCUCUCCGCCAGAUGUCGAAGCAGGGCCAGCGUGCCGCCCGUCAGAUCGUGGAAAGGCUCGUCGUAGUGGGCGGCGCCGCCAAGGCAGGUGGCGCCAGCGUCGGCGACGCCCUCAGGAAGGCCACCAAGGUUCUCGAAGACCGCAGGGAGCGCAACCCGGUGGCCACCAUCAUGCUCCUAUCGGACGGCAGGCAGCCGCAGCAAACGUCUGACCCAGUGAAGAAGGACAACGACAACAACAGCGACCACCACGAUCACAAACCCCUUCGCUCACCGCGCGGUACCGGCGGUGGUGAUAUCCGGCGCCACGCGCUGUCAACGACGACCACCGCCGCGGCCACUACACGCUUCGCGCAUCUGGAGAUCCCCGUCGAAGAUGCUGGAUUCGUAGGAGCAGCGGAGCGAUCGCCCAUGAAACAGGAAGACGCCUUUAUCAAGUGCGUGGGCGGCCUGGUGUCUGUGGUCAUGCAGGACGUCCGGCUCCAACUUGAGUUCCCGUCCGGCGAGAUCUCCGCCGUCUACCCAUGCGGCGGCGGCAGUGGCUGCGGCGACGUGGCCAUCGGGGGAGAAAACUCUGUUCUCUGGCUGGGGGACCUCUACGCAGAGGAGGAGAGAGAGGUUCUGGUGGAGCUGAGGGCGCCGGUGGCGGCGACCGGGCCACAGAGCGGUCAUCACCACUUGUCAGUGAAGUGCAACUACAGGGAUCCGGCCACCCAAGAGCUGGCGUUCGGAGCGGAGCAGAUCCUUAUCUUACCCCUCCUGCAGUACGACCGCGAGCCCGGCUCCUCUUGCCGCUCGACGACCGCCCUGCGGCUACGGAACAUCUUCGUCGCAACCCGUGCGGUGGCCGAGUCGCGGCGCCUAGGCGACCUCUCGGAUUUCGCGACGGCGCACCACCUGCUCUCCUCUGCCCGCGCGUUGCUUCUGCAGUCCGCUUCCGACGCCCACGGACACCACCUCGUCCAGAACCUGGACGCGGAGCUCGCCGACCUCCAGCGGCGGCGACGGUGCCUGACGCAGCACCAGCUCCAUCAUGAUGAGCAGCAGGAGGAGCACCUCUCGCCGUCCGGGAGGACGAGCCGGCGGGAAGGUCCAGCAGAGGUGCGAGGGGAGCCGCUGACGCCCACUUCGGCUUGGCGCGCCGCCGAGCAGCUGGCCAAGGUGGCCAUAAUGCGGAAGUCCCUGAGCCGUGUUAGCGAUCUGCACGGGUUCGAGAACGCCCGGUUCUAAGAAAAAGACCGGACCAAACCGACUCGAAUCCUAUAAAUAAAUCUUUCUUGUUUCUUUCA